GGUCAUAAUGGAAAGUUUCCCCGUUUUAUUUUCCAUAUUAUUAUUAAGACUUUUCUAAGUUUUCUAAUGUUUCAAAAGUCCAAAUGAUUUCUCUUCAACCCUUUAUUUUAGUAGAUUUAAUAACUAAUCGUAUACUUUUCUUAGUACUCACCCCAUUCAGAUUUGGGUCGCGUUGUGCAGGCCGUUAUACGCGAAUAUGAGCGUUUUCCGCCACCUGUAGCAAGUUCUGGCAGUCCAAUCAAUAUUCCAACCCGUUCAGGCAAUAUCAACACCACAGCAACACCAACAACUGUAGCGGCGAAGUCGCUGGAUAGCAGCAAGGAGAAUUCACCAUUGGAUUCGGCAAAAUCUUCUAAAACCAAUGAUAGUAGCUUACCAAAUCUAUCCACACUAUCAUUAGAUGAGCUGAAGCAGCUGGAUAGUGAUCCGCAAUUUUUCGAUGAUUUCAUUGAAGAGAUGUCUGUAGUGCAGCAUUUGAAUGAGGAGCUUGAUUCGAUGAUCAAUCAAGUAGAGAUUAUAUCACGGGAAAACGAGUCCAAGGAAACACAUUUGGUUGAACUAAAACGUAAAUUAAGCGACGAUGUCACCGCGCUUAAGCAUCUCGGCGAGAAAUGCGACCAGCUGAAUAAAAAGUACUUAAAAAAAUCGGAGGAAUAUGCACCGCAGCACAUACGCGAGUUGCUACAAAUUGCCGCCUCAAAUGCGGACAGCGAUUGUGAUCGACAUGUAGAGCAAUUUCUCAAUGGUAAAAUCGAUGUACAAACAUUUUUAAAUAAUUAUACGCAUUCAAAGAAAGUAAGCGCCGAACGCAAAGCCAAAGAAGAGCGCUUGGGUCACCAACUUAGCGCAUUGGAACGUGCCGGCAUUUAAAAAA